AUGUCAAAUACUAAGGAACGAACAUUUAUAUGUAUUAAACCAGAUGCCGUACAGCGUGGCUUGAUUGGGAAAGUUGUUGAGCGAUUCGAACAACGGGGAUACAAAUUGGUUGCUAUGAAAAUGCUGAAAGCUGCAAAACCACAUUUAGAAAUACAUUAUGAAGAAUUGCAAGGGAAACCGUUUUUCAAGGAUUUAGUGAAUUACAUGUCAUCCGGACCUGUAGUUGCCAUGGUAUGGGAAGGCCUUGACGUGGUUAAACAGGCACGACAAAUGCUUGGUGCCACAAAUCCUCUAAAUUCGAUGCCAGGCACUAUUCGUGGUGAUUUCUCAAUACAAACAGGACGAAAUAUAAUACAUGGUUCAGAUUCAUUAUCUUCAGCCGAACGUGAAAUUGCUCAUUGGUUUAAACCGGAAGAACUCUGUGAGUGGAAUUCGGCAACAACAACUUGGGUGUAUGAAUAG